ACAAAAGCGGUUUACCUCAUCACGCAUUAACAAUUAAAGUUUCCCUUCCGUAGAAGAUAACCAGCUCCUUUGAAGUUUCAUUGGCUAGCUGCUGAAGGAGAAGCAAUUGGGAUGCAUCAAAUUAUCGUUAUUUUAUCUUUUGGUUUAUGAUGGAUUCCUUUCCGAAUCUUCGCCGAAGGUCAUAAUGGCGGCUGAUCCGUAAUACAUCUAGCAUGGCGGGGUCUAAAUCAUCACUCGCGUUCCCUUCUCUUCAAAAGUACACAAGGAAGCGACAAUUAUUCGCAAAAAAUGGAUUUUACCUUGCUAUAAAUUCGACAGGAGAGGUCACGGGAACAAGCGACGGCAGUUGUUUAUACGGUAAGAAAACAGGAAAUUUGGGACUUGCAUAAUUACGCUCGAUAUUGUUUAUAGUGUUUCUGAGAUAUUUUUGGUAACAAAUAUUGCACUUUCUUUUUAAAACGUUGAUUAAGCCUAGUCGUGUUGUUGCUUUUUUUGGCACGUUACCACAUCUACAACCACAGUCGGUACCGAUUAAAAUAUUUCCAAAACGAACAAAGGUGUAUGAUUUUAAUAUUUCAACUGCCCAUAUAGUCUUCAGUUUCUCGGCUUUGGCGACACCAGCAAAAAAUCAAAACAAAUUAGGCAGGCGUUUUUCAAUCUCCAGAGUGUUCAACCUCUCAGAGUUUCAACAAAGCUAAAGAUGAUCUCCGAUUUAACGUCUUUAACAAUAAUUAUACGAGCUUGCGAAAAAUACCGUAUGAUAAAGGUAAGAGCAUGUAAAUUUAGAGCCAACUUAACUUUGUAUAAAAGCCCAAAAUCUUGACUCUUGCAAUCAGACAUGGGUGAGACCCUUACGAAUUCAGUAAUAAAGAUUUGCAAAUUUAUUUCACACGUUAUGUGGCUUUCGGUUGAUGUUGUUGUUUACUUGGGGGAUCUACUUUGCCCUUGUUUAGGUUAGAGAUAUAUAUCCUCUCAGAUACAAAAAAAAGGAAUGUAACCAUAUUUUUUGCCGUUUAUUUAACUACGCAAAUGGUGUUUGCGAAAACAAAAUAGCUUACUUUGAUACCCAUUUUUACAUUUCAGCCGUCUUACAGUUUCUUUCUGUUGGCCCAGAUCUCAUUGCAAUCUGGGGACUUGAGGCCAAAAAAUACUUAGCAGUAGACAGCGAAGGAAAAAUAUUUACUACGGUAAGAUUGUUGAGUUUAUAUUUUAAUAGAAUCGAAUAAAUCAUUUUACAGUUGUGGGCUUAGCACCCUAGCCUUUGACUGGACAUGAGGGUAAGGUUGACGUUGUUUUCAUACAAGUCUCUUUCCUCUUCUUAUGGAAAUGUUGCAGGAAAAAUACUAGUUAUUAUAAGAACAACAUGAUUUACAUAAUAAAGCAGGAGGGGUUGCAUCAAAAAAGGUCAACUCCAUCCUCGAUUUCUCAUGUAUCUGUAAAAUGGGAUAUUAUCCCUCGCCUUUUCAGUUUGUAUAUUUUCCCAUCUCUGUCCUGAGUACAGGACAAAUUAUUUCCUUCUUCGACUUUGAUAGGUUAUCUUUGAAGCAUGAAUAACUUUAUUAUAGCUUGAGUUAGAAGAGGAAAAGUAUCAACCCGAAAGAAGCAGCAGCUAUUUUAAGCGGGUACUGAGUUAGAACAAGAUUUAUCAUACAAACACCAAUGAAAUACCAGGUGAGCUUUCGCGCGAAAACUUGAUAUCUUCACGUGUGAAAAUAAUAUAUUAUCUUCACAUGUGAAAAUAUCACCGUUGCUAUGGCUACAUACUAGAUCGCGCCUUUCACACCAAAAAACUAUUAAAGUGAAAUGGUUUGGUAGUUCAUUGGCGUUUAUACAAAAAAUAGAACAUUACAUGGCCGCUUGGAGAUACGAAAUUUCUCUUCUCGGGUUGAAACACUCGACGAGAAAUUUGGUAUCUCCGCGCGGCCAUGUAAUAUCCUCUAUUUAAAGACUAGUUUUCACUAGCGACGGAGUCGGAGUCUUAGUUGUAAUCACAAGCGUAGAAUUUUAUGAACUAGUGAAAACAGCGUUCUGAUUCCGCUAACGACUCAAGCGUUUAUGAUCAAGUGAAACCUAGGUUGUCGGAGUCGUAAGCAGAAGCGGAAGAAGUAAGCCACUCACAAUGCGUACGCCGGGAACGUGCAUUGUGAUUGGUUUAUCCUUCCUCUUCUGCUUUCGACUCCGACAAUCUGGUUUCACUGGAUCGUAAACGACGGAGUUAGAAGUGGAGUCAGAAGAAAAUGGAAACGUUCCGAUUCGUCCGACUCCGCUUCCGUUGCGCUUAUGACUCUGCUUAUUUCGAUUUUUGACUGUUUUCACAAGGUCAUAUGCACUCGCGCGACUCAACUUACGAUUUCGUAGUGAAAACUCGCCUUAACAUAUUGUUUGUUUUACAUCCCAAGGACGCUGAAAGGAAAGAAUGUGUAUUCCGUGAGUUUUUUGGUAAGAACUUUUACAACAUUUUCCGCACAUGUCAUUCAGACACCGAUGGUAAAGGAUGGUACUUGUCGAUAGAUGAACACGGAAAAGUGAGUGCUGUGAAAGUAGCUUAUAGCGACGAACCUCGACUUCACUUUAUUGUAAAAACAGUUACGGACUGUAAAGAUGCCGAUAAAGGAAAUAAGCGCACAUCUAAUACAACAAAUAACAGCAGUCAUACAAGGCAGGACAAGAAAACCAGGAAAGACUUUGGACUUCCUUCGUCCGAAGUCGUGUGGAUCAUGUAUCCCUGCCAGCUUGACGACGGCGUGUCAGAUUUUGUGUCAAGUACGCCCAGCCCCCCGAGUUCCUCGUGCGUUUCUGGCAGUUCGGCAUCUACUGGGGAGUGGACCGGAUCUGGUGAUAAUGCCUCAACCUCAGUCUAAACAUUCAGUGCAAUUCAACAAAAAU